UCCUAUUCCUUUUUGUUUUCUUUUAUACAAUGACAAUUGUAGACACAGACAUCAUACCUGUGAAUGCAGUAAUUGAAGAUAAAAAGACAAUCAGCGUAGGCGUUGAUCUGUCAGACUCAUUAUUUGAUUAUGACAUGCUUUUAAAAGAUGUAGAAAGUAAUGGCACAGAAAGUACACACGUAGAAGAAGAUGAAUUAUUUAAUACUUCUUUUCAUGAACAAGAUAAAAAGAAUCAUUCGCUAUCACCUACGCUUCACAAAAAACUACCAACAUUAGUGCAAUGGAGUCCUCAACAAGGUCAAGCCUCAUUUAUUAUGUCUAUCAUCUUAGAAUGUCAUCAAGAAGCAGUGGUACCUAUGCGAAUUGUGUUUGGCUCAUUGACCAUUGAAACCUCACAACAACAACAAAGGGUCUCCCAUAAUAACGAUGCGAGUGUCUGGAUCACUCUAAUAGCCACCGUACCUCCUCUCAAAGAAACUCAUUCAGAUUCAGAUCGAGUGCCCAUCUCAGUUUGUUUAUUUGACGCUCAUGAUCCUGACUUAGCUACGGAGACACUGAAUAUAGGCACAUUUACUUAUUGCGAAGACAUGAAAUGGGCAAAUCGUAAACGAGCCUUGUCUUGCGAACCAGAUGAAUGCACCAAGAAAAAGACUACAUUUGAUGUUAAAAGCUCAGACCAAGAAGAUAUGGAUGCACAAUUAUUGAAACUUUUGGCUCCCUAUGAUCCUCUCUUGACUGUCAAUGGCCCUAUUCAGACCAAUUGGAUCUCUCCUCCUAGUGAGGCAAGCACAGUUCAUUGGGCGUCUCCUUCUAGUCUUCACAGUACAAGUACUCAACCAAACUAUACGACUUCAGUACCACUGGCUGGCUCUUAUCCUACGCCCAUGUCCCACACUAUGUUACUUCCGCAAGAUGUGUUCAAUAGAAAUACACCACCACGACAACAACAACAACAACAACAACAACCUUGUGUUGGUAUGUAUGGUAUGUUUUCUAUGCCUCCUCCUCCUCCUACCACAAUGCUUCAAAAAGAAGGUAUGUACCGUGCUUUUUUGGAAAUGCAACAGCGUCAACGUCAUAGAUCGUUUUCAACACAACACAACAUAAUGUUUCAUCCCAAUGACAUGCGUCAAUUCUAUCUUCAAAACACCAUGACUCAACAAAGGCAAAGACCAUGUAGUUUAGCAGAGGCGCCUGAUAUUCCUCGACGAGCCUCUGCUCCUACUACCACUACUACAUCAACCACGCCAACUGCCUCCAGUAAUUGUACUGCAUUAAACAAGGCGCAUUUAAAACUCAAUGGUGAUCUAGCUGAUAUGAUGGUCAAUUGGUCCAUGUCUGAAUGGCAACUCGGUCGUCGUCUUGUUCAUUUCUGGCGAGAGACAACCGUCGAUGCAGAAGGUAAUUUAACACUGGUCGAGUGUGGAUUUGAACCGAUGGAUCAACACGUCUAUCAUCAGCAGCGAAUGAGAGAUAAUGUCGCUGCCGUCGCUGCCGCUGCUGCUGCUGCUGCUGCUGCUGCUGCUGCCAUCGCCCAUUCACCACCAGGCGUGUCCAGCAUGAACACCAAUCAUCGAUCAGACACACCUAUUGUGAUUUCUUGUAUUUAUUGGCGUGAACGUAAUGAUUAUUAUAUCACUUCUGUGGAUUGCAUCUAUUUAUUAGAGAGUAUGAUUGGUAUUCAUUUUACAGUAGAAGAAAAGAACCGGAUUCGAAGAAACUUGGAAGGUUUUCGACCCUUGACGGUGUCGAAAUGUAAAGUAGACUGCGCUGACUUUUUCAAACUGAUCAUGUCCUUUCCUCAUCCAAAACCUCGCAAUAUUGAAAAAGACGUCAAGGUGUUUGCCUGGAGAACAUUGCCUCAUGCUUUAAGGAAAAUCGUUCGAAAAUAUACACCUUCUUAUGUGACAACAGCUCCUUUGGAACCUAUUCAAAAAUCAAGUUCAACAUAUUCACCUCAACACAAUUUAGGAUUUUAGUAAAUAACAAUAACAAUAAUAAUAAACCUUAGGUUGAGCCUUAUAUUCUAUAGAACUCACUUUUUU